GCACGAGCGGUCGCGCGGCCACGCCAAGACACGCCGUGCGAGCACCGCGGCCACGUGCGCCGAGCGUCCUCGAGCGUCCUCUCGGCUGGCCCCGUCCUACGCCCCGUCCUCGUCCGUGGUUCGACACUUCGUGAAGCUUCGCGAAGCUCCGGCUGUUCGGUUCGGGUCCUUCGGUCGGGGACUUCGGACUUCGGGGCGGCAUCGUCCGCGACUCCGCCGCUCUAGUGACGCGUACUCUCGAAACAAACAGCGGCAGUGUUCUUCUCCUCUCACGGAUUUCCAACCAGCGUUUUCUUUUUCACUUCAAUUUUUAUUUUCGAAAUUUUUGUUGUUGUUAAGUUUGCGUCUGUUGCCCGCGCCUCCGCGAUGGCCUGACCGCCGCAACACCACACCGGCUAGACGCGCCCCUCCGCGGACCCUUUGCAGCGAGGGAGAGGCGAGCGGCGAAAGUGAAUGCCAACACGAAUUGCUGCUCCCCCGACGCGGAUGGAGUUGAAGACGUGUUGAGGUUGACUGCCCAUGGGUGAGGUGGCGCAGACAUGUACAGUGUGGUCGGGGGGCACCAGAGCUACCGAGGAGAGCGGCGGCAACCCAAGCGGCAGCAGCAGCAGCAACAGCAGCAGCAGCAGCAGAUCCAACAGCAGCAGCAGCAGGAUGGGGAGACCUCGGGCGAGGCGGCGGGGGAAGGGCAGGCCGAGAACGCCGCCGAGGACGGGGCGCGGCGUCGAAGGCGCUCCAGGCACCACCAGUCACUCACCGUCAGGCUCAUCAACUACAUCAAGAGGCAGUUUCACCCGGAGGAAGCAGAGGAGGAGCUCGACGAGCUCAACAUACACGCGGUGCGCUACCGGCCGGAGGAGUUGGCCAAACUGACGAGGACCACCAAGUUCACCCGCAAGGAGAUCCAGCUCAUCUACCGGGGCUUCAAGCAGGAGUGUCCGACCGGGAUGGUGGACGAGGACUCCUUCAAACACAUCUUCUCGCAGUUUUUUCCGCAAGGAGAUGCUAGUCAGUAUGCCCACUACGUUUUUAACACCAUCAAACACAACCACACGGGGAAAAUCAGCUUCGAGGACUUCCUGGGCAUCCUAUCCAAGGUGUCCCGGGGCUCGGUGCAGGAGAAGCUGCAGUGGAUCUUCGGACUGUACGACCAGAACGGCGACGGGCUGGUGACCAAGACCGAGAUGCUGGAGGUGGUGUCGUCUAUCUACGACAUGCUGGGCCGCAACACCACGCCCAUGGUGGUGGAGAACACCGCCAAGGACCACGUGGAGAGGAUAUUCCACCUCAUCGACACCAACCAGGACGGCGUGGUGACCAUCGACGAGCUGGUCGAGUGGUGCUCGCGAGACGAGCAGAUCCUGCAGUCGCUGGAGACGCUGGACACGGUGCUGUGAGACAGGGAGGCUGGAGCAGGCUGGAGGCGGACCAGGGCUGAACCCGCGCUGCCAGGCGCCGCUUGCGUGUCGUCACCGUCGAGAGGCGAGUGUCGAUACCCCGCGCUGCCCUUCCCUCCCAGCGCCGCUGCGCCGAGACCCCGCGCGCCGCGCCGCCGAUACCCCGUGCCUCGACGCGCGCCGUCUCUGCAGUGCCCGGGCCCCGGACUUGGCUCAGCUCUCCCGUCUCUAGGCUCAGCUCUCCAAACGCGCAGUAAACCGCCAAAGAAAGAAAUGUUCGAUCAGCGUGGCCUGACUUGCUAAAUUAGAAUCGGUUUAUCUAUUCUAGUAUACACAUAAUUUUUUAUUUUUGGUUUCCUCAUUCUACUUUGUAAGCAUUGUAGGAUAGACGUGAUCAGCCCUUUUUGCCUUUUGUCUCUUAAGUUUAGUUCUAAUAGUUCAUGGAUUAGUUCUGACAAUUAUUUUUAAUGUAUGGCACACUUUUGGUCUGUCUUAUGCUAACCUUCAGGUUGCAAGGUCUUAAGGUGUUAUAUUAUUUUUUAUUAAAGAUUCAAGUGUGUCUUGGUCUUGUAAUACCUUCGUAUCGAAUUGUGAUAGAGCUGUUUUUCCUUGUUUCACUUUUAUGAAUAUUAAAUGUAGGAAAUAUCUCUUGUAGCUCAUAUGUCUUUCAUUGUUUGUCUUCUUUAUUUUGUAGAAAUAUUCCUUUCUUGUGUCGUCAAAGUGUUUUUCACGGCGUUUGAAAGAUUGUUGCAGUUGGGACCAAAGGCAAGCGUCAACUGCCAUAUGGUGGUUUGCUACGUGUGAAAAAUUGGGAAGUUUCACUACUUAAAAUAUUUGGACAUAGGACAAUGUUCAGAAAAUCUACAAUGUUUCAAACGGUUUGAUUCGAGAGAAAUGAAGGUUUUGCCCACUUUUGGUUUUUGACCCGUAGGUUCUGUUAUACCGUGAAGCCAAAAUAAACCUCUGCAGUAAAGUAGAAAAGGGUUAACACAUAAAUCAUAUGCAGCAUUUACUCUUUUUCAAAACAAUUUCUUUUACUGUUGCUUGAGGAACAACAGCAGUUUGUCAGCAAUAUGUGCCUUGUCCCUUAUCCUCUAAUUUAUUAAUCUUUUCUUUGUCUAACAAGCUGAGAGUUGUGUUGAGUGAUGAAUUUUGUGUUUCAAAUAAUGCCAUUCAAGACUUUGGUUAGUGAGAAAAGUAUUUGUUUAGUUUAAAUUUUCUGUUUCUUUUUAUAGAAAAAGAAUGCGAUAGUUCACACUCUUUGUACUUGCACAUUGUAUUUAGUUCCACACAUCAAAAAGUGUGCACCUAUUUUCCUAGUUGCUGUACAUAAAAAUAUAAUACAAAUUGACAUCUUGAAACCAAAGAUCUACCACAAUUGCUUUGUGUCCUUGUUCCAAACCUCUCUUAAUUCAGGGUGAACCUACCAGCUCUGUGCUAUUUGAUGUAGAUUGGUCAAUAGUGCUUCAGCUUUUGACUUGUUCACUAACAAGUUGCUUUUGCCAACUCUCAUUUUAAUAGUUAUAAGCAUGUUCUAUAAAACUUAUUUUACUUUAUAUGUAAUAUAAUUCUUCAUUUAUCUUUGAGUCAAUAAACUAGGUUUGUGAUUUGUAAAUUUUGCAGAGGGAACGGAACGAACAUGUCUAGCAUUUUGUAUUACGUUGCAAAAAAGUAGCAACUUUGUAACUGCUAGGAGUUGCCUCAAUCUAUACAAAACCUGCAAAGAACGAAUUUGCAAGGAGAUGGUUUCAAAAAAAAGAUGGAAUUGAAAUUCAAACUUAAUGUUGUGAAAAGGCCCUGCUCUUCUCUAAGGCUAUCCACUCCUAUUCCAACUUAACCGAUAUAUUAAAUGCCAAGUAUUCUUCACUCGGUCCUUUUGCACUCAGAUGUUACUACCCUGUAGUCGUGGUCAAUAUUUUCUAGUGGAGAGCUGAUCAUUCCUCCUAGCUUAAGUAUUUCUGAGAAAAUGCAUGCUUCCCCCUAAAGGAAGGAAGGACCAAAGAGUUGUGAAACGAGCAUGGGUGAGUCUCUUUACUUAUAAAUACUAAGCUCGUCAUGCAUAUUGUGAUUUUCCACGUCGGCUGACUGCAAGCCGCCUUUGGUAGUCUUACCUCAAUGCAAAAUGCAUUUGUAAUAUUGUUAAUUACUUGUAUAUACUAGUAGUAUUUUUGCCUUGGCCAUUCAAAAUGUUCUCCAUAUCGCUGGAGUGCACUUGUUACAUUGUUGUAAUGUUAAGAUAAAAAUUGAAUGUUAAAAUAAAUAUACCUUCAAAACUUUUGUAUUUCCUUAUUAUAGAUUUUUGAGCAAAGCUAUAGAGCAAAAUUGUAAGAAAUCCUAUCCUGUUAUGUAUCACAUCAUAUUUGUUACCUCCCACUCUCAAGCUAAAGUGUUUGGAAGCUGCUCUGGAAGCAAACAGUUAAAGUUAAUGUAAAUUUUCUCUCAUUGAAGUGAUUAUGUAUCUCAUAUAGAAACGAAAUAAUUCUUUGUGAGCAUCACAAUUGGUUUACAGAACAAUAAAAUGGCAUGAGAACUUCA